AGUUGGUUGGUGUAAAGCACGUGCAAGUGUGUGAUGCUGACUGCUACUGUUCAGUGCUCAGUUUCUGUAUCGCCGUGAUCGUCGUCGUUAUCGUUUUGUCUCGCGUGGCGAUCUACCGCCCAAUAUAGGUUUCCGAGGUGCAUCCCUAUUAGAAAUUCUGAAGUGUUUUCCAUGGGCUGUGUGUGUUGAACAAAGCUGAUAAGGCUUGUAGGAGUUUUCUAACCAUUUGCAACAUUCGAAGCAGUUAGUUUGUCCCGAAAUCAUUCCCAAUAAAGUGUGCUGUUUAAGUGUUGAGUGUCUACUAACAAGGAAGAAUAGAAUAUCUUUUUGGUGGCAUUUUGCGGCAUUUGGUGAAGGUCAGUUGCAAAACAGAGCGCUGGAAGCUAGCCGCUGACCUUGUGUUGUGUUAGUAUAUAGCGCCGUAUAAACACGUUGUUUGGAUAGCGGUGGCGUGAUAGUUUGCAAGAAUCCAACUGUUUGGAACGGAUCGCGGAAGCUACCGCCUACCUUGCAGACUGCUGCAACUGUAGUUCUGGAGCCCAAACAAAUCCAUCCUUAUACUGCGACCAGCGUUCAUUCGUAAAGCAACGAAAAUGUCCGAACAGCUGCAGGAGGAGAAGUUCGAUCGCUUUGGGCGCGUCGAACCGGUGGAAAACUUCACCGCCACGGACACAAACGAGGCGGUGAAGCUGCGCGUUUCCAAGGAAGGAAUCGGUUCGUUGGAUCCGAUAUCGGUGCCGGAUUUGGUCAAUCGUACCGUGCGGGACUAUCCGGACCAUCCGGCCAUGGUGUACAAGAAUGCGCAGAAGAUCUGGACUACAAUUACUUAUAAGGAAUACCGCGAACGGGUCCACAAAAUAGCCAAGGCGUUCAUAAAAUUGGGCCUGGAGCCCCACCACACCGUAAGUGUCCUCGCCUUCAACAGUCCCGAGUGGUUCGUCUCUGAACUGGCAGCCAUCCACGCUGGUGGCAUCAUUACCGGCGUGUAUACGACCAAUUCGGCCGAGUCGGUUAAGCACGUACUGGAGAGCUCCCGGAGCAACAUCGUCGUGGUGGACGACGCCAAGCAGAUGGAGAAAAUCUACUCCAUCAAGAGCCAGUUGCCACAUCUGAAAGCUGUCAUACAGACGACGGCCCCCUACGCGCCGUACGUCAAGCGGGAGGAUGGCUAUUAUCGGUGGAGCGAGCUGGAGGAGAUGAACACCGACGACGUGGAGGAGGAAUUUAAGACUCGUUUGGGGAACAUCGUCAUCAAUAAGUGUUGCUGUCUGGUCUACACCUCGGGAACCGUUGGAAAUCCCAAGGGAGUGAUGAUGUCCCAUGAUAGUCUUACCUGGGAUUCAUACUCCAUCGGAAAACGGUUGGACCAGAUUCAGUAUGGAAAGGAGGUGCUGGUAUCGUUUUUGCCAUUGAGUCACAUCGCCGCCCAGAUGGUGGAUAUAUUCCUGUCGCUACAAUUCGCCUGCACGGUUUACUUUGCCGACAAGGACGCCAUGAAAGGAACGCUGGUAAACACGCUGCAGGAAGCCAAACCAACACGUAUGUUGGGUGUUCCUCGAGUGUAUGAAAAGAUUCAGGAAAAAAUGCUGGCAAUCGGAGCGCAGAGUGGAACCGCCAAGAAAAUGAUUUCCACUUGGGCUAAGAGCGUUACGUUGCAGCACCACCUGAAUGCGAUGGAAGGCAAACCAACCAAUUCCUGGCAGUAUCGUUUCGUGAGAAACCUCCUGCUUUCGAAGGUGAAGGACGCGUUGGGACUGAGUCGGUGUAUCACGAUGGUUACGGCGGCCGCUCCUAUGGAUCCGGAAACGAAGAAGUACUUUAUGAGCUUGGACAUGCCAAUCAUGGAGGCGUUCGGAAUGUCGGAAACCUGUGGAGCUCAUUCGUUGACCACGGUGGAUAGCUACAAUUUCGCCACUAUUGGCAAGAGCUUAGGUGGAUGUGAGACGAAGAUCGACAAGCCGGACGAACGGGGCCACGGCGAAAUUUGCAUGCGAGGACGACACAUCCUGAUGGGAUACGUCGGAGAGGAGCUCAAGACUAAGGAGGCAAUCGACGAGGAGGGCUGGUUGCACUCGGGUGACGUGGGUUACAUCGAUGAUCAGGGAUUCAUUUACAUUACCGGAAGAAUUAAGGAGCUUAUCAUUACCGCUGGCGGUGAAAAUAUUCCACCAGUACACGUGGAAAAUCUGGUCAAGAACGAGCUGAUGCAGGUUAGCAAUGCGUUCCUGGUGGGCGAUAAACGGAAAUUCCUUACCAUGUUGAUCACACUAAAGACGCAUAUGAAUUUGGACAGCGGCGAACCGAAAGAUGAAUUGACACAGGAAACAAUUAACUGGGUGAAGGGAUUGGGCGUGGAGUACACUAAGCUGAGUCAAAUUAUUGCCGCUGGUCCUUGCCCUAAGGUGCUGCAAGCCAUUCAGGAGGGAAUCGAACGCGCCAACAAGAAGGCCAUCUCGAACGCCCAGAAGGUGCAGAAAUUUAAACUGCUGUCCGCUGAUUUCUCGGUGCCCGGAGGUGAACUUGGUCCAACACUGAAGGUGAAGCGAAAUGUUGUGCAGAAAAAGUAUGACGACAUAAUUGAGAAGUUCUACGACUGAUGAUGAUGAUGAUGAACGGUGAUCACCAAUUUGCCAAUACCAAAUAGAAAAUGAAACGCGAUGCUUCGAUGUUUACAUGCUGUUAUAAUUUUUGUUUCGUCUUUAAAAUUUUAUUAUACUGUUUUUUGUUUUCGUUUUUUGCUAAGAGGCUGUUGCCGUAACACCUUUAGCAAUGGGACUUAAAGACACUAUUACGUUCGUUGGGCGCUGCCUAAUGAAAUUCUAACUUUAGCUGAAUUUUCACGCCGUAUACUCCGAUCACGCCGUGGAUCAUACAUUUUAGGAUAAGCUGGUGAUAUUAUUUAGCAAACGUGUACCUACCGGGAAGAAGAUUAGACACAACAACAACAUUGAUUCAAGUAAAGGUUGCACCUUGUUGGGACACGAUAUAUAAUGAUUAAUUCGAGAGAAAUGGCGUUUUUUGUAAAUAUGAUUCCAUUUUAGGAUGUAAUUAUUACCUCAUUAGAACCAUAUUGUUGUCGAAAUGAAUGAAAGUGAUACAAACUUCCUCUGGGCAUCAUUCGAAUAGUGAGUGAGUUACAGAGCAAGCACCUAGAGAAAAUGUUGAGAGUGGAGUUUAGCUGUUAAUUGAAUAAAAUCAAUUUGCCUAUAA